AUGGUUCAUGAUGAUACUGAGUUCAUCAACAGAACAUUCACAGACGCUGCUUGUUUCGGAAACACUGGGACUGUAGAAUUUUUACUUAAUAAUGGGCGUAUUACAUCGGACAGUUUUGACAAAGCGUUGGAAUAUGCCUCCUCUUCAGGGUAUGGAAACCCAGACACUGCUUUUUUCCUGUAUAACAAGAAGCUCGCAUCUGGAAAAGCUGUCCUAAAAGCAUUUGAACAAGCGGCCGACGUAUCUGUCGCUGAAUUUCUGUUUGAGAACGAAGUAAUCGCUGAAAACUCAAUCAAUGUCACGUUUGACCGUGCCACAUGCUGUUAUUCCACAGGCCAGGCGGCUAUUAUGAAAUUUCUACUGAAAAACGAGUGUAUUUCUGCCGAGUCGAUUGGAAAAGCUUUUAUCAGUGCUGCUAUCAGCAGCGAAACGGACGCUCUGGAGUUUUUUGUGUCGUGA